UCAGUUGUAAACAAUUUUACGCAGUUAACAUCGUGAAAAAAAUGAAUGUGAACGAUCUGCCCGAUGAAAUGUUAUGCAGCAUUUUUGAUGAGCUCGAUGUGUACGAGCUGAAACUAGCGUCCCUCGUGUGCCGGCGGUGGGCGGAUCUUACCUUUUCGGGCCGAAGGAUGGACCGUGUGAUGCUGGUGAAGUGUGAUUGCAAUUGUGCAUUUGUUAUUAACACCAAAAGGAACUAUCGCAACGUCCGUCAACCAUGCGAGACGGUGACGGUGACCAUGACAGAUGAUCAGAUGGAAAGCUUACUACGGUUGCUGCACACGCUAAAGCCACACGUCCGAAUAUGGUAA